AUGAGUUCACAAACACUAGAGAUAUUGCGCCAAGGUGUUUGGGCUUCUUUGACAGGAGGAUGGUUCUAUGAUCCACAUCAAAAUUUGUUUUGCAACACUGUUCACUUAUACAUUUGGCUUUUUUUAUUAUGCUUACCGUUUUCUGUAUACUUGUAUUUCCCACCAGCAAGUCUUGGUUGGAUCACAUAUUGUGCACUAGUGGCAUUAUUAUUCACAUGCCUUAAACUUUUGAAUCAUGGGCUCCAUCAUAUGUACGAUACCAGUGAAUGCAUAAUCAUUCAACCAAGUGGUGAUACAAACAACUCUAAUAAUAACAUAGUACCUGAAGAGGGCAUGGAAAUGCAGAUGUUAAGACUAGGAGGCCUUGCAACAGCUGGUAGUGACAAUGAAUCUGUGACUUCUUUAGAAUAUCACAAACCGAAUAAUAGUACUAUUGAUUUAAAAGUGGAUGUUCAUCGAAAAAACAGUUCAGAAUCAAGUAUAGAAGACAGUGCUACAUCUACUAAACAGCCAGAGAUUGUGGCUGCUACAAAAUCAGAUCUAUGUGUUUCGCAAGUUGCUGAUGCCCCAGGUCCUUCAAAAUCCCGUCCACAAAAUCGAAGUAGGUCGAAGUCUGGUCAUAAACGAGAACAUAGAACUAAGAAUAGGAGAACGCAGGGAAAUAGAAUAGAUGAACUAAUUGCUGAAGAAGCUUCUAAAAAUCCACGUCUAGAUAAUAACUUACCCGUUCAUAUGUUGGUAGAUGAAGGACCUUUUGCAAAAGUGAGUAGGCGUUAUCACGAGUGCUCUCACAGACGAGGUUCUAGCAACAGGGACUUUUUCAAAGAAUGGCUGUAUUUAGAUGGAAGUGAAGCAACUGGGGAACCUUAUCAAUCCAAGUUCGCUCGCCACCUAAGUUCCGAUUCUAGAGAUAAUUCGGAACCAAAUGUCGGCCCACCCUCCCCAAAAAAACGAAUAGCUCAUAGACGAAGAUAUAAUAAUUAUCCAGAUGAAAGUUGCACUAAAUCUGCUAUGGCUUUAGCAACAGCUCAACCAUCUAACAUGCGAAGAAAUUGUAAUUCCACCAUGUCCACUAUACAAUUACCACUUUUGAACUCGACUGCACAACUGGUGUCCCACAUGAGAAGACAUUCAAAUAAUGCAGAUACAGGGUUUUUCGCUAGUGUAGAACUAGGCGAGUACAUGAUGGUUAAAGCUGAAGCACCUAGUGGUGACACUGAUAAAAGUAAGGGUAAAAGUCCAGGGGUGCGACGAAUAAAAAGUGCCGCUUUAGAAAUUGGAUGCCCCCCUCCAAGUGUAUCUAACCUUUCGCCUCAUCCAAACAGCGCUGAAACUAUCGGCGGGCAGAUGCUUAAAAAUCCUAAAAGUGCAGUUAUUCCGCCACCUAGUAAAAGUCUUACACGUGGGCCACAUUUGAACCUAUAUCCUAAAAAUGAAUCUGGCGAAGGCUGUAGUUAUCCAUACCUUACGUAUGGAUCAGAAAUAGUCUAUCCCAUAGCUGAAAUUUCAGAUGAAAUGCAAACUUCUCAAAAAGAAACUGAUUUAGAUUCUAGCGGAGAAAGUUACAGCGAUUACGAUGAUGACAAACAAUUUCGUGGAUUUGACUGGGAUGCUGAACAGUCACCGGCUGUACGAUCUAGUGAUUCUGAUUUUGAAAAUAAUGGUUCUAGAUCUCCAUUAUUAGAUCGAUCUACAGAAGUCAGAGUUGUUCGUACGAAAAAUCAUAGUGACUGUAAGAAACAGUGUUGCGAUCGACAUCCCGGGUCGAAGCAUUAUUCUGAUUGCACCAAUGAAAAAUCUAAACCUAUAAGACUCAAAAAAGUUUCCAAAAGUGAACCUCAUUAUGAAAGUAAACGACCAGACCGACAAAUAAGCGCUUGUGACUGUAAAUCUAAUCCAAGUACUGAUUAUUUCGAUAAAGCCAGUGCAAGCUCAAAAGAUUUUUUAAUAGAAAAAUCUAGUUUAGAAUCAAAUGAAAAUGGCGACCAAUCGAUUAAAAAGUCAGAAGCUAGAAAAAUAACAGAAAAGAAACCCUGGGACCAUGAUAUAUCUAACUCUAGUAGUAGUAGCGACACUAAUUUAGACAGGACUUUGGAUAACAAAGAAGAUAAAAACACUGUACCCGAAACGGAAGAAUCACAAUUAACUUGUGACAGUAAAAGUGCUGAUGAGAGAAGCGUAUAUAGUAUAGAUUGGUUAUUUGAAGAGACCAGUCAGUUUAAAGUUAGUUGCUGCAAAGAAACGGAAUCAUGCUCGAUUCCAGCUGAAGAUGUAUUAUGUCAAAAAUUACCCAAUGCUUUAGGUGAAUCGUCUUCCAACGUUCCAAAAAACUUAGGUGCCAUACCAAAGCAGAUAAAAAAUUUAGCACGAUCACGAGCUUCGUCGCAAAAAGAGAACAAGAAGAGAGAUCCUAAAGAUGUUAAGAUGGAAAAAGAUGAAAAUAUCGAUGAUGAUAGGAUACUUUUGGAUGCUGUAGAAGCUCAAGCUGCUUUGGUUCAAGGUUUGGAAUGUUUGUUUGCAGCAACCAAUGCUAAUACGGUAGUCAUGCCUCCUCCAAAUCGAGAUGAAAGAUCACGAAGUCACAGGCAAAGUAUACGAUGUGAAAGAGAAAACUCCCAUAAAACAAGAAAAAGAUCUAUAGAAGAAGUUGCUCAAACCUCGACUAAUACUUUACUCCCAACCUCUAUGCCUUUAUUAGCCGCAUUCCUUAAUUCUAGGGUAGAUUUUAUGCCUUGCUGUCCAGCAGAUAAUAAUGCUCCUCCAGAGCCUGCCCAACCAGCCGAAGAACUACCAAGGAUGCGACCUUUAAUGGAUCGCAAUCACAGAAACCGUGUUCGCAAAAUAAAGAGGUCUACUCGGCAGCGUAAUAAUCCUUCACAAAACAAUCCAGAUAAAAAAGAUAAACAAUCUAACACCGAAAAUUCUAAUAAUUCUACAAAUGUACAUUUCGCAACUUCGUUUGAUGACACUACUGAUGGAGCUAUACAUUGUUUCAUGGACGAAUAUGGAAAUUGGAUGUCUUAUACCUUUGAUAAAAACAGUUCAGGAAGAAUACAAGCUCAACCAAUACAAAUACCUGAAAGGGAAGAUAAACGAAUCAAUAGAGUCAAACCUAUUGAAAAUCCUGACAAUUCCCAAGAGACACCAGGGGAAGGAAGUUGUGGGUCUUUAGAAUCUGAAGCUGGAAAUAGCGAAAACAUACCGAAAAAACGAGGUGAUAGCAUAGAUCAAAGUUCCUCAAACCAGGGAAGUAAUAACCCUCUUUUGUCCAGUAACAACAAUGUAUCUGCAGUUGUUCCGAUAAAUACAAAUAAUGCGAAUAAACGCUUUUACGUUUUCGACGGUGGAACUGGUUCACACACGGAUCAACCUAGAUCACCAGUGGCUUAUGUUACUGAUAGUUUGUUAGAGCAAAUUGAGGCAGAAAGGCAGUCUAGGAUGGGGUUACCCAGUAUGCAUAUCAAUUUCCUGAUGAGUCAACAAAGAGCCCAACAACAAGCUCAGCAGCAAGCUGAAACAAUAUCUGCAAAUAUACCAAGCUUGAUGCCGUCGAUAGGUGAAGAAAGCGUAGAAAUUAACAUAAGAAGUAAGUUCUCUAAACUCAUGGAUGAAAUAGAGAAAGCAAAUCAACCGAAACCCAAGAGUUAUUACAAAAUGAAACUUUCUAAAUGUCUUGAAAUAAAAGUAACAAUGGACCGCCUCAAACUUAUGGCCCUUUUCGAUCGAAAUCUGACAUUCAGAGAAACAUUUAUUUCUAUUUUGUUGGCAAUUUUAGUUGCUGUAUUGGGAUCUAUGGUUUUAAAUCUUGGAUUUUACCGGGAUAUAUAUGCAUUUUGGUUUUGUUUUAUUAUGGCGGGUAGUCAGUAUUCUUUACUGAAAAGUGUUCAACCAGACUCAGCAUCACCUGUGCAUGGAUUUAAUAAAAUGGUAGUGUUUUCAAGACCCGUUUACUUUUGUCUAUGUGCAGGAGUAUUAUAUGCAGUGAAUAGUUUUCUCGGUCAAACCGCCCCAUAUACUGACGAUAGCCAUAUCAGAAGCCGAAGAAGCACAGAAGAAGCUAAACCUUUCAUAGUAUAUGGAUUUGAAUUAAACGAAAGAGAGUUCUUCUUUGUUAUACAAGAAAUAUUAUCGAAGUUUUUACUUUUUUUUCCAUUAGCAUUCAGUUUAGGUCUUUUUCCACAAGUCAACACAUUCUUGAUGUAUUUAUUAGAACAAAUAGAUAUGCACAUAUUCGGUGGAAAUGCUACAAGCAGUCUCAGCGCUGCAAUGUACUGUAUUGUACGAUCAUUAGCAGCAAUCGGUGUCCUAUAUGGAUUUGCUUAUAGCGGUUUGGUAGAAGGUAAAAAAUCACAGCACCAAAAACAUAAUAUUCUCUUUUCCAUAUUUUGUGCACUUGUUGUGCCGAUCGCAUACCAUUUAAGUCGGAGUGCAAGUGAUUACACACUCGUUUGGAAUUUGAUUAAGAAACAUCUGUUACCACCUGAGCUGUAUGUCAUGCACACUCCGGAAUGUACUCCGGAUAAAGAGGAACACAAUACACUAACAGACGAUAAGAAGAACAAUUCUGAGAGUAAUAUAUCGAAACAAAAUUCGAUAGGAAGUUCGGCGUCCAAAAUAAAUUUCAGCUCUGAAACUAACAUAGCAAAGACUCAAAAGCGGUCGCAGACGUCCAGUGUCAGUUCGUUGAAGAUGGACCCUCGGGCUGGGGACUCGAUGAACUCAACUACUUCGUUGAAAGCCGAUCCUCCAACGGAAACGGAGGACAAAUCGCGCGAUUCGAACACGAUCAAUCCUAACUCUAAUAACAAACAAGACGGCGGUACUGACAAACCAGAAGAUGAUAUGGAAGAUCCCUUGCCUAAAAAGUUGCAAGCGACAGUCAAUGCCCGCCUGAAGAAUGACGUCAUCGUUUGUACGUUUCUUGGAUUGUUCGUGUUCGGACUCCACUGCACAACAGUUUUCACUACUCUCAGGCCCCAAUUGAAUACGGCAUUAUGGAUAAUCGCGGGCAUACUUGGUUGGGUACUUCACUAUCUGACGCCGCAACUGCGCAAGCAGCAGCCGUGGCUGUGUCUAGCGGGGCCCGUGCUGCGGCAGCAUGAGCACGCGCAGUUCGAGGUCACGGAACCGGCGAAACUGAUGUGGUUCGAGAAGAUAUUCGUAUAUUUGUGUUUUUUGGAACGCAAUGUGUUGUACCCGGCAGUAGUAGUAGCUGCGAUUACGCAAGACGCACCAUCUAUCGCGGCGAAAUAUGGGGAUGCGGUUGGCGCUCUCAUCAUAUGCGUUUGCGCAUUGAAAUGUCUCAGACACGCCUACUCAGAGCCCGAUUCUCAAUAUUUGAUCCUAGUGUUUGCUUUCUUGCUCUUCCAAAGGGAUCUCAGUGCUAAGCAUAUAUCUGAGACGUUUCUUGUCGAUUAUUUCAUCACCGCUAUUAUCUUCAGUAAAGUGUAUGAAUUUUUGUUAAAGAUUCAAUUUGUGGUGACGUAUAUAGCGCCGUGGCAGAUUACGUGGGGUAGCGCGUUCCAUGCAUUCGCGCAACCGUUCUCUGUGCCGCACUCCGCCAUGUUGUUCCUGCAGGCGGCUGUCUCAGCGCUACUCUCGUCCCCUCUCACUCCGGCGCUGGGUAGCGCAAUCUUUAUGACGUCAUACGUGCGUCCCGUAAAGUUUUGGGAACGCGACUACAACACGAAGAGAGUGGACCAGAGCAACACGAGACUGUCUUCGCAACUCGAAAGGAAUCUCGGAGCAGACGAUAAUAACCUAAACUCCAUAUUCUACGAGCACUUGACCCGUUCGUUGCAACAUUAUCUAUGUGGAGACUUGAUGCUCGGUCGUUGGGGCCAAGUUCAACAAGGAGAUUGUUUCGUGUUAGCGUCGGACUACUUAAACUGUUUGGUGCAUAUAGUAGAAAUGGGCAAUGGACUAGUAUCGUUCCAACUGCGAGGGCUAGAGUUCCGGGGCACUUACUGCCAACAAAGGGAGGUGGAGGCUAUAUCAGAGGGGCCGGAGGAGAGCAGUGAAGGCUUAUGCACUGGGCUAUGGUGGUGCGGUGGUAGAGUGUUAGCCCCCGGCGCCGCUUGGGCGUUACGUUGGCUAGCUUGGCAAUUAGCCAGCGCCCGUUACGUACUAGAAGGGUACAGUGUCAGCGACAACAGCGCCGUAUCAAUGCUGCAAGUGUUCGACUUCAGGAAGGUGCUGUUAACCUACUACGUCAAGAGUAUUAUCUACUACACUAUCCAGUCGAACAAAUUAGAGGAGUGGUUGUCAUCGCCGGUGCUCGCGGAAGCUCUAAAGCCGAUGAACGAGAGGACAUUCGUAGACUUGGAUCCGAUAUUUAAUGUCAAUUUGGACGAAGAUUAUGACUUUCGCGCGUCUGGUAUAACGAGGAGCAGAUUUUGCGCGAUCUACCAGGAAUGGAUAGUUCAUUGCGGCGUACGCCGCGGCGCCGGGUGGAGAAGACGCGCCGCCGCCAAGGACUCGCCGCUCGUGACGCUGUGCUUCGCGCUCAGCCUGGUGGGGCGCCGGGCGCUCGCCGCCGCGCAGCACCUGGCCGCCUCCAGCGUGGAGUUUUUCCUUUACGGCCUGCAUUCACUGUUCAAGGGCGAUUUUAGGAUCACUUGCGCGCGCGACGAAUGGGUGUUUACUGACAUGUCGCUACUGCAUUCUGUGCUCGCGCCAGCUAUACGGAUGGCUUUAAAACUACAUCAGGACCACUUCAUGUUCCCCGAGGAGUAUUGCAGCAGCUCCGCUUUGUACAAGGCGAUAGCGUCGCACGCGCAACGUCUAGUGAUCUGCCACGAGGCGGCGCCCGCUUGGCGAUACAACGUACUGCGGGGAGCGCCGCAUCUACUGGCGCUGAGACACGUGAUGGAUGAAGGCAACGACGACUACAAGAUAAUAAUGUUGAACAAGCGACAUUUAGGAUUCCGAGUCAUCAAGUUGAACCGGGAAUGUGUGCGUGGUCUUUGGGCCGGACAACAACAGGAAUUAGUCUACUUGAGGAACCGCAACCCGGAAAGAGGGUCUAUACAAAAUGCUAAGCAGGCGCUGCGCAACAUAAUCAACUCAUCCUGUGACCAACCAAUCGGGUACCCUAUAUACGUGUCACCGUUGACUACUUCAUACGCGGACACUUCGCCGCAGCUCUGCUCGUUGCUCGGAGGACCCGUUACAGUCACAGCCAUCAAGGAACGAGUCACCGCUUUGUGGAGACGUAUCCGGCGGCGUUGCGGGGAGGGUUGCUCGAGCGGAGGAGGGGGCGGGGGUGGUACCGCGUGCGAUGCGGCCGCGGCCGAGGCGGGCGCCGCGCGGGUCGCCCAGACGCCGCGACACUCCGCGCUGCAUCUGUCGCGCACCUCGCUAGCUGGGACUCGCGGCAGCUUGGCCAGUGCUGGUAAGCCGACGUCGUCGACCUUAGCUUCGCUAGCGGGUUUGCUUAGGGAGCACUCGCACGAGAGAACUCUAGAAGAAGCCGCUUACGGCAGCACACAAGACAACGGUUCCCCGCGCAGGCGCAGCGAAGAACGCGCUAGUUCUGCCCCCGGGGCACGUCGCGAGAGAAAUAUGCGCGCGCGAACCGCUGCUAAGGAACCAGCUAGGCAGGCUAGUAACCGCAGCCGUUUGAGACGCGAGCGAGCGACGCCGGCGUCAUUCAGACUGCUGGCUGCGGACAACGCGCGCGAUCCGAACGCUCGGGCACACGCUAGCGGAUGUCUCGAUGCUCAGGGAUCUGGUAGCGGCUGGGAAAGCGCCUGGCGAGAUCAGCCCAGACGAGCGGCGAGUGCUAAGGUAUCAAGUGGUCGAGUUCCUAGCGCGGAAUCUUCUUUAGAAGACUUAACGCUAACGCCGAGUGGACUCGAUCUCUCGCUGCCAGACUGCAAGAUCAUCGCCAACAGAAACGCCAGGCAAGAGAGAGACUUUAAAAGAUAUUUUAUAAACGAAGGCACAUCAAAGGAUCUGUCGAAACUAAGCAAAGAGAUACGGCACGAACGAGAGAGUUACCGCGACCUCACCGGCCGGUACAUAGAGAAACCCGAAUCUAUUCAACUCAAGGAGACCCAUUACUCGGAUCUGUCGCACAAAGAGUCCGUACUCAAGAAAGAAGCCAAAAAGGACCCAAAAGUCAAAGAGAUAAAGACUAAAAUCAAACGCUCCGAUUCGGGUAAAAGCGAACUGAAGAUGAACGUAAGCGUCGGCAGUAAAGUUCUGAUAACUGAGCCGUUGGGAGUUUACGAUUGCAUCAACUUGGGAAGGAGGAUCGAUGUCCAGUGGCCGUCGGAGUAUCAAAGGGAGAGGGGCGGAAGGAAUUUCUGGGGGAGUUGGGUGCCACUCGCGGGAAUGGACGGAUUGGUUGUACACAAAUGGACGCCGAACCACAGAGACCCAAAACUUCGAUCUCACGUCGACAAGUGCAUUCUGCUCAUAGAGAUAGACGACAAAUUUGUUCCUAUCGCAGAGAACUGCGUGCAAGAUCUGGGCGACGAAGUCUGA